UGGAGUAACACCGAGACAGUCGUGUUGGUGAAUAAAACGGGAAAUGAGCAACACAUAAUAGAAACGUGGCCGUGGGAGGCUCGGACCGAACCACAUGGAGGAGGUGCUUUAGGAAGUAUUUUCUCUACAGCGUGUUUUAGGUGAUUCUGCCCGUUUGCACUUUUAAUAACCGUGCAGGCAUUCGUGGAUAAAAACAGAGAGCUCGACAGCAGAAGACUCACUCCCAGUGCUAAUAGUUGGCGAAAGAACCACCCUUUGUUGACACCUGCUGCCCAUCUCUUACGCCACUCCGGGAUAAGCGCCACACUGGAGGUAUGGAGGCCCACUCCAUGUCGGGUCAUGUUGGUCUAACUGGAGAAGAUGUAGGAGACCAUGAUGGCUUUAGAAAACACCAGAACCAUCACCGGGACAUCAGUGACGUCCUUCAGCAGAUCAUGGCCAUCACAGAUGAGAACCUGGAGGAGGCUCAGGCCAGGAAACAUGCUUUAAAUUGCCACAAAAUGAAGACCGCCCUCUUCGAUGUUCUGUGUGAGAUCAAAGAAAAGUCAGCCCUCAGUAUUCAGGGCAUCCAAGAAAAGGACUCUCCAGACUCUCACCUAAUGCGACUGGACAACAUGCUGUUAGCGGAGGGGGUUGGUGGUCCGGAAAGGGGCGGAGCCUCUGCAGCAGCGUUUGCUGCGGCAGCUGGUGGAUCACCUGAUGAUGGGACCUUAGAACAUGCCGAGUACAAAGAGAAGCUCAGUCAGAUACGACAAAUUUACCACGCCGAGCUGGAGAAAUAUGAACAGGCGUGCAGUGAAUUCACCAGCCAUGUGAUGAACCUGCUGAGGGAACAGUCCCGUACGCGUCCCAUCUCACCCAAAGAGAUCGAGCGAACGGUGGCGAUCAUUCAUCGAAAGUUCAGCACCAUCCAGAUGCAGUUAAAGCAGAGCACAUGUGAAGCUGUCAUGAUCCUGCGUUCCAGAUUCCUGGAUGCCAGGCGACAACGAAGGAACUUCAGCAAACAGGCGGUAGAGACUUUGAAUGAAUAUUUUUACUCCCAUCUGGCAAAUCCAUACCCCAAUGAGGAGACUAAGGAAGAGCUGGCCAAGAAAUGCUGCAUCUCUGUUGCUCAGGUGGCCAACUGGUUUGGAAACAAGAGGAUUCGGUACAAGAAGAACGUUGCAAAGUACCAGGAGGAGGUGAACGUUUAUGCCAUGAAAACAUCUGGGGACGCCGCAAGUGUGUCUUCAGUGGCAAGCUCAGCCAACUCUCCAGCGACACCAAACACAGCUUUAUGUUACACACCUGAUGGAAAGUUUUGAGAAACCACCUGGAGGCGCUGUUCUUCCUCCUCACUGUCUCCAUGUGGAUGAAGGCUGGCAGUACAGUGUACAGGAACUCCAACUGUUGGUCGACUUCCAGCUGAGUCACAAACAGACCCUACCGGAUCUCCCGAAAAACUCUUUCUUUUUAUUUUGCCUUGUGGUGCCUUUCCACACAUCUACCAGGAGUUUCCUUUUUACCCCUUUACAUUUUAACAAAUCAAUUUUACAACAAUUUAAUGUCUUCCCUCUGAAGGGGUUUGGGCCUGCAUGUGGUUUUAAAGCAGACGUGGAUUCAUUGUUUUAUAUUGUGACAUUGUAACACACAAAAAGUACAAAAAACAUGCACGUUGAUUUUUUUUUGGAUGUUGAAACAAUUAUUGUAAUAUUGUUUUUUUUAGGAGCAAAGUACAGAACAGGAUACACCUCACAUAACCAAAAACAAAUAAACACAUUUUUACUUAUUAAGCUUUUGCAUCCUGUGGUGUUGCUUCAGAAAGCAUCUGGUUUUCAGUUGGAUUCUAUUUAUGUGAUUUUAUUUUAUAUUUUAUUGUGUAAUUUUAAUAUUCUUUUAAGAGGUUAUCGCGUUCCUUAAAUGCUUUUGACAAAACUGAACCAAAGAGGCGUCAAACACAAUCGAUUAUAUUCAAUGUGUGGAGCAACACUUGAACUGUUUAAUCAGUUCUGAACAGUCAUUACUGACCACGUGUUUUCUUUUUGGGCGCCCUCUAGUGUUCAGUGGUGUCACUGCAUCUCAUUGGAUUUGGGAUAUUUUGAAACAGUGUUGUUCUGAUCAAACUGAAUUUGCAAAAGAAUGCAUCUUCCACAAA